AUGACAGAUUCCCAAUCAGGUGUUGGUACAAAUUACAGUCUCGGGAACUUCAAAGACGCUCCCAUAAUUGUUUGCAAAAAAGUGCUCCCAAGCAUCACUCACAACAGCUUGGGAAAGAUUCCCCUUGUCCUAGGCAUGCGUGUUAUGGUCACUGAAAAUGUGGCCACUUCUUGCAACAUUGUAAAUGGCGCUGAAGGAAUUUUUCAAGACAUCAAAUUCUCU